GCCCGCCCGGCCAUGGACGUGCGGGGCUGCCUGCUGGCCCCGCUUCUGCUGCUGUGCGCGCUGCCGCACCGGGGCGCCAGAGCCAUGAACGACAUUGGGGACUACGUGGCCUCCAACCUGGAGAUAUCCUGGCUCCCCAACCUGGAUGGCCUAAUAGAGGGCUAUGCCCGCAACUUCCGGCCUGGCAUUGGAGGACCCCCUGUGAAUGUGGCACUUGCCCUGGAAGUAGCCAGCAUCGACCACAUCUCAGAGGCGAACAUGGAGUACACCAUGACCGUGUUCCUGCACCAGAGCUGGCGAGAUGGCAGGCUCUCCUACAACCACACCAACGAGACCCUGGGCCUGGACAGCCGCUUUGUGGACAAGCUGUGGCUCCCGGACACCUUCAUCGUGAAUGCCAAGUCAGCCUGGUUCCAUGAUGUGACCGUGGAAAACAAGCUGAUCCGGCUGCAGCCGGACGGGGUAAUCCUGUACAGCAUCCGAAUCACCUCCACAGUAGCCUGCGACAUGGACCUCGCCAAGUACCCGAUGGAUGAGCAGGAGUGCAUGCUGGACCUGGAGAGCUACGGCUACUCUUCGGAAGACAUCGUCUACUACUGGUCGGAAAACCAGGAGCGGAUCCACGGGUUGGACAGGCUGCAGCUGGCCCAGUUCACCAUCACCAGCUACCGCUUUACCACCGAGCUGAUGAAUUUCAAAUCAGCUGGCCAGUUCCCCCGGCUCAGCCUGCACUUCCACCUGCGGCGAAACCGCGGAGUCUACAUCAUCCAGUCCUACAUGCCCUCUGUCCUCCUGGUGGCCAUGUCCUGGGUCUCUUUCUGGAUUAGCCAGGCUGCCGUGCCUGCCAGGGUGUCUUUAGGCAUCACCACCGUGCUGACGAUGACCACGCUCAUGGUCAGCGCCCGGUCCUCCCUGCCGCGGGCCUCGGCCAUCAAGGCGCUGGACGUGUACUUCUGGAUCUGCUACGUGUUCGUGUUUGCCGCCCUGGUGGAGUAUGCCUUUGCCCACUUCAAUGCGGACUACAGGAAGAAGCGGAAGGCCAAGGUCAAGGUCACGAAGCCGAGGACCGAGGUGGACGUGAGAAACGCCAUUGUCCUCUUCUCCCUCUCGGCCGCCGGGGUCACGCAGGAGCUGGCUGUUUUGCGCGGGCCGUGUCGUGUGUCCGGGAACCUCAUGGGCUCCUACAGGUCUGUGGAAGUGGAGACGGGGGAGCUGAAGAAGGGGGGCGGGGCCCGCCCCGGGGGCCUGCGUGCCAGACUCAAGCCCAUUGACGCAGACACCAUCGACAUCUACGCGCGUGCGGUGUUUCCUGCGGCCUUCGCAGCUGUCAACGUCAUCUACUGGGCGGCGUACACCAUGUGAGGGCGCCAUGCCCCCCCCUGCACCCACCCUGCUGCCAGGGCGGCUCCUGCCAGAGCGGGAGCCCUCUGGGUGUUCCAAAGCAGGGUGACAGUGACACCCCAUGGAACACGCAGAGGCCUGGGCCUCCUUCAGCUUCACCCCGGCCCCUUGGAAGACCAGCUUCUGAUUCCUACUGACUGAGAAGGCUGGCCACGGACAUGGGGCAGAGCCAGCAGACCCGGGCCCAGGGGGCAUGAGCGGCUUCCUUGGGGAGCUAUGAAUCUUCAGACUUGGAUUGAUCCUGGUUUCUAGGCCUUCUCUGGGGGGAGGGCCUGAGGGCCUCUUACUGUAGAGUAUGGAGAAGGGUAGUGCCAGGCCUCUG